CAUCAGCCAACAGACUGACCAACUGUUACAGCAAGAAAAGAAACUACAGAAAGAUAAAGAUUGUUUUAUUUAUUGUUAAUCCAGCAUGAGUCAGAAGAACUUGUGAACAAAGCGUUUGUUCUUGAUGGAAGUGAAACCGAGAAGAUGUCCACAGAGACGUCAUCUCCACAGAGACGUCAUCUCCACAGAGACGUCAUCUCCACAGACUGCUGAGUCUGACUUCAUGUCAGCAGCGUGGUUGUUGGCCACCACACGUCUGAAUAAACGUCUGAUAAACUUUGAUUUGCUGGCUUCCAGUAUCCGUCACUCCUUUAUGUUGCCUCUUUUGUACCAUAUAUUUGACAUCUGGAGGAGUUUUAGUCUUUGCCCCUGCACUGUGUGAGGGGGUUUGUUUAGGUGGGGGGCUGCUGUGUUCCUCUGGCCUGGGGAGUAAAUGGUGAGUCUCUCUCUCUCAUGUCCGCCGUGUCUCUGCUGUCCCUGCUGUCCCUGCUUCCCUCAGACCGACUGAAGAUGAGUGAUGUGGAGGAAGAGGAGGACAGCCGUCCGUCCAUGAAGGGGGACGGGUCCACAGAAAGGCCUCCAGACUGCAGUGAUGAACCCUCAGACACAAAGUGGAGAGCAGGGUCUCCAGCAUCCAGCUGUCUGUCGAUGAAGAGUGACUGGUCCAAACAGUCUCCUCCAAACUUCAGUCAUGAACCUGGACCCUCAGACACAAAAGAGAGGAAGAGGAGUCCUGUUCCUGUGGAGGAGCAGCCGUCCUGCUGUGCUUUGUGUCAGGACGUCCUGAAGGAUCCAGUCUCUACCAGCUGUGGACACUGGUUCUGCAGACGGUGCAUCACCUCAUACUGGGACCAGUCUGCUUCAUCGGGACACUCCUCCUGUCCCCAGUGUGGAGACAGAUCCAGAACCAGAGCUGGACUGCAGACAGCCAGUCAGAGCAGCUCUGUACAAAUGAGAGGUGGUCUGCAGGAGGUUUUAGAUGAACAUAAGAUCAGUCUGAGGAGGAGAUGUGAACGUGUGACUGAAGGAAGUGAUGAAACAGGAAGUGGAACCCUCCUCAACAGGAUCUACACUGAGCUCUACAUCACAGAGGGACAGAGUGAAGAGGUUAAUACCCAGCAUGAGGUGAGGCAGCUUGAGACAGCUUCCAAGAAGAAGACCCUCCAUGACACUCCAAUCAGGUGCCAGGACAUCUUUAAAGCCUUACCUGGCCAACAGAGAGCCAUCAGAGUGGUUCUGACCAACGGCGUCGCUGGCGUUGGAAAAACCUUCUCGGUGCAGAAGUUCACUCUGGACUGGGCAGAGGGCUCGGAAAACCAAGAUGUCGGUCUGCUGGUUCUGCUCUCGUUCAGGGAGCUGAACUUGAUCAAUGAUGAGCGGCACAGUCUCCUCACGCUGCUCCAUGUUUUCCAUCCAACAUUACAGAAGGUCCCAGCAGAGAAGCUCGCCGUCUGGAAACUGUUGUUCAUCUUUGAUGGCCUGGAUGAAAGCAGACUUUCAUUGGAUUUCCACAACAGUGAGGUUGUGUCUGAUGUCACACAGAAGUCAUCAGUCAACCUGCUGCUGACAAACCUCAUCGAGGGGAAUCUGCUUCCCUCGGCUCUCGUCUGGAUAACUUCCCGACCUGCGGCGGCCAAUCAGAUCCCUCCUUCGUGUGUCGGCAGGGUAACGGAAGUACGAGGCUUCACUGACGCCCAGAAGGAGGAGUACUUCAGGAGGAGAGUCAGUGAUGAAGAGCUGUCCAGCAGAAUCAUCUCACACAUCAAGACCUCCAGGAGCCUCCACAUCAUGUGUCUAAUCCCAGUCUUCUGCUGGAUCACUGCUACAGUUCUGGAGCACAUGUUGACUACAGAGCAGAGAGGAGAGCUGCCCAAGACCCUGACUGACCUGUACUCACACUUCCUGCUGGUUCAGAUAAAGAGGAAGAAGCACAAGUACGAUGAGGGACAUGAGACGAGUCCACAGGAGCUGACGGAGGCUGACAGGGAGGUUCUUCUGAAGCUGGGGAGGCUGGCGUUUGAACAGCUGGAGAAAGGAAACAUCAUGUUCUACCAAGAAGACCUGGAGCAGUGUGGUCUUGAUGUCACAGAGGCCUCGGUGUACUCAGGAGUUUGUACAGAGAUCUUCAAAAGAGAGAGUGUGAUCUUCCAGAAAACAGUCUACUGCUUUGUUCAUUUGAGCGUUCAGGAGUUUCUGGCUGCAGUCUACAUGUUCCACUGUUACACCAGCAGGAACACUGAGGUACUGGAGGACUUCCUGGAAGAUGGGGAUGAUGAUGGGGAUGAUGAUGAAGAUAAUGACAAUGAUUAUGAUGACUAUUAUGAUGACAACGGAAAGGACAAUGACCAUUACCCAUCUCUGGAUGUCUUCCUGAGGAGCGUCAUGGAGAAAUCCCUCGACAGUAAAAAUGGCCACCUGGACCUGUUUGUUCGCUUCCUUCAUGGCCUCUCUCUGGAAUUCAACCAGAGACUCUUAGGAGGCCUGCUGGGUCAGACAGACAACAGUCCAGGAAUCAUCCAGAGAGCCAUCAACAACCUGAAGGAAAUGAAGGCUAAAUUUAUCUCCCCUGACAGAAGCAUCAACAUCUUCCACUGUCUGAUGGAGAUGAACGACCACUCAGUACAUCAGGAGAUCCAAGAGUUCCUGAAGUCAGAGAACAGAUCAGAGAAGAAACUCUCUGUGAUCCACUGCUCAGCUCUGGCCUACAUGCUGCAGAUGUCAGAGGAGGUUCUGGAUGAGUUAGACAUUGAGAAGUACAACACAUCAUGGCAGGGACGACUUAAACUGAUCCCAGCUGUGAGGAACUGCAGAAAAGCUCGACUUCCUGAAUGUUGGCUCUCAGAGACUCACUAUGAAGUGGUGGUUUCAGCACUGAGGUCCACCCCAUCCCACCUAAGAGAGCUGGACCUCAGAGGAAGCAGGCUGCAGGAUCCAGGAGUAAAGCUUCUUUCUGCUGGACUAGAGAGUCAACACUGCAGACUGGAGUCACUUUCACUUGCUAAUUGUGGACUAACAGAAAUCAGCUGUGGCUCUCUGGUCUCAGCUCUGAAGUCCAACCCCUUUUACCUGAGAGAGCUGGACCUGAGCAGGAACAACCUGCAGGAUUCAGGUGUGAAGCUGCUGUCGGCUGGACUGGACAGUCCACAAUGGAGACUGGAGACUCUCAGACUGAGUGACUGCAGUUUGUCGGAGAUCAGCUGUGCUUCUCUGGCCUCAUCUCUGAAGUCCAACACCUCCCAUCUGAGAGAGCUGAACCUGAGUGGAAAUGAGCUGCAGGAUUCAGGGGUGAAGCUGCUGUCUGCUGGACUGAAGAGUCCACAUUGUAGACUGGAGACUCUGAGGCUUAAUAACUGUGAACUACUAGAGAGCUGCUGCUUAUCUCUGGCUUCAGCUCUGAAGUCUAAAUCCUCCUACCUGAGAGAGCUGGACCUUAGCUACAACAAGCUGCAGGAUUCAGGAGUGAAGCUGUUGUCUGCUGGUCUGGGAAGUGCAAACUGCAGAGUGGAGAUUCUGAGGUUGGCAUGCUGUCUGCUCACAGAUGGAAGUUGCGCUUCUCUGGCCUCAGCUUUGAAGUCCAACCCCUCCUAUCUGAGAGAGCUGGAGCUGAGGGCAAACAAGCUGCGUGACUCAGGAGUGAUGCUCCUGUCAGCUGGACUGGGGAGUUCACAUUGUAGACUGGAAACCCUUAGGUUGAAAGACUGUCAGAUCACAGAUGAAGGCUGUGCUUCUCUGGCUUCAGCUCUGAAGUCCAACCCUUCGUAUCUCAGAGAGCUGGACCUGAGCCUCAACAAGCUGCAGGAUUCAGGAAUGAAGCUGCUGUCCAAUCUUAUGGAGAGUCCACAAUGUAGACUGGACACUCUAAGGUUUAAAUGAACCUGGACUGAAGAGAAAGAGGACAUUAUUCAUAGAUUGUCAACCUGAACACACCUUUAUAAAAGAUCUCUGAAUCUUUUCUGUUCUCUUUCAGUCCUUUUUCUCUGCUUCUUAACCAAUUGCUUUACUUUUAUUUUCCACUGUUUUCUUAGUGAUUGUUCUUAUUUUUCUUGCCUUUUUUCCUCUCUUCAUGUCUUUCUUCUUCCAUUUUUGCCACACGUUUUUAUUUUUUUAUUUUUUUUAUUUUUUUAAACAUAUGGUUGAAAGAUAUGUUCAACCAGUCCAGUUGACAUUAAUUUUACCCUCCUUGGAAAAUCACACAUUUCUUAUCUGAACCUCUACUCACACUCAUCUUCAAACAUUGUUGGUUACCACCUUGAAGAUCCUUACCAACAACCUGGAAGCUACCAAGUACCAUGCUAACAUGUUCCAGGAGUAUCGACCUCCUGAAACACCUUAUCAACUGAUUAGAGACUACCAUGAACACCGUAGUUACCACCUUCAAUACUUGCUCUGAACCUUGGCGUAGCACUGGACAGUCAACUGUGCUGCACAGCCAACGUCGCUGAAAUGGCUACAGAUGACAGAUACCCAAUGGUUUUUUGGGACCGGGACAAAUGUGGAGCGUUUGAAGCAGGAGGGAACCUCACACAGCUCCAGUGAUCUGUUGAAGAUCUGCGUAAAGAUCCAGAGACUUAUUCACAUAAAGGUUCUCAUUCUUAAAUGUUUUUUUUUAUUUUUCUAGAUUUGUGGUUAUUAUUAUUUUGUUUUAUUGUCCAUGAUUUUUUGAGAAACUGAACAAAACCACUCAGUCAUUUUAGCAUUUAUCAGGUUCUAAGUGAUUCAGUCAACAAUUACUGAGAGGUGGUAGUGUCUCAUAUACUGUACUUAUACAAUACAUACAUGUAAAUGCAUAGAA